AUGGAUUUGGUAUUGGAUUUUUGUGAUCAAUACUUUCUAACACCGUAUAUCUACCCUAGCCAUUGGUCUGAAGAUUGGAUUGUUCGUCAAGCAAUCUCGCUAUACCUUAUCACCACCAUUGGCGGUGGCCUUUUGUAUUAUCUCACCGCCACCUUGAAUUACUGGAUGGUCUUCGAUCAUGAUCUUGAAAAGCAUCCUCAUUUCUUGAAAGAUCAAGUGCGCUUAGAGAUUAAAACUUCACUGGAAGCGAUACCGAUCAUGUCGUUUUUAACAGUAGUCGCUUUCUUAUUGGAAGUACGCGGUUAUUCACAAUUGUAUGACGAUAUCAAUUUGUAUGGAGGAAUUGGUUUUGCAAUCUUUAGCAUGGUAUCCUUUCUCUUAUUUACUGAUAUGGGCAUUUAUUGGAUUCAUCGUUUCUUGCAUACACGUUAUGUUUAUAAGUAUAUCCAUAAACCACAUCAUAAAUGGAAGAUUGCCUCGCCAUUUGCUAGCCAUGCUUUCCAUCCGAUCGAUGGUUUCAUGCAAAGUUUACCCUAUCACAUUUAUCCCUUUCUUUUCCCUUUGCAUAAGUUGACCUACUUAGGUCUCUUUGUUUUCGUCAAUAUUUGGACCGUCUCUAUCCACGAUGGCCAUUGUCGUGUACCGGCAUUACUUCGAUCGGUCGUCAAUGGCUCUGCCCAUCAUACUGAUCAUCACGUUUACUUUGAUUAUAAUUAUGGUCAAUUUUUCACCUUGUGGGAUAAACUUGGUAAAUCUUAUCGCCAUCCUAGUUCAUUCGAUGGCAAGGCUCCACUAGAUGAAGUGAAGCGCCUACUGGACAAACGCGAUAAAUCCCAGUAA